CAAACUCGGCGGCCAGUGCCGAGCUGAGGCCGCCCGCCGGGAUGGGGGGGAAGAUGCCCGCCCUGAGGGGACGGAGCCUCUGGGGCGCUCGGACGACCUGGGCAGCGCUGGGCGCCAACUUGGCGCAGGACUGCGAGCGGGGAGCGGGCGAGCGCCCAGGAGAGGAGCAGCUGAUCUCUGAUAGCUUGACUCUGAUAGAAAAUGUCAAAACUUCACUCUUGUUGAAGAAUGCCUGGAGGAAUUGACUGUAGUGGAAAGCUGAAUGCUGCUGAAAGCUGUCAGCUGAAGAAACUUUAGAUCUAGACUGUUCGCCAAAAGGAACAGCUGCCAGAGCAAUUUUUUCCUUACUGACGUGUUGGCAUGCUUUAGUUGCAGACUUCUUAAUUUGAAAGAGACAGAUAAGGAGAAGUAACGUGCAUGUGGACAAGAGAGAGGAAUUCCAUCUGCAAAGUGGAAGUUCUUUCUCAGUGAAAACUUGGUGACAAUCCUCCAGGGAAACUGAUUUCUCUGGAUACCAAAGCUCAAAACACAGUAUCAAUGUCAUCAUGAUGCUUGAACAUCUGUAGCUAACUAGAAGAUUUAGAAAAGAAAUUCAUCAUGGCUUAGUUGGCUUGACCUUUGGAUAAUUUAUAAUGUCCUCUGGAACCAGUAUCAGCAAAAACCAGCAGGCUCCAAGCCUGCAGGGUGUUGACCCAGAAACAUGCAUGAUAGUGUUUAGAACGCACUGGGCACAGGUUCUGAAAAUCUUAGAGAAGCAUGAUCCUUUGAAAAACACUCAGGCAAAGUAUGGGGCAAUUUCACCUGAUGAGGCCAGCACUGUUCAGAAUUAUGUGGAGCACAUGCUUUUCUUAUUAAUUGAGGAGCAAGCAAAGGAUGCCUCAAUGGGGCCUAUUCUGGAGUUUGUGGUCUCAGAAAACAUCAUGGAGAAGCUUUUUCUUUGGAGCUUACGGCGCGAGUUCACUGAUGAGACAAAAAUCGAGCAACUGAAAAUGUAUGAAAUGCUAGUAACCCAAUCUCAUCAGCCUUUGCUGCAUCACAAGCCCAUCUUGAAGCCUUUGAUGAUGUUACUAAGUUCCUGCUCAGGAACAGCCACUCCAACAGUAGAAACAGAACUGGUUGUCCUCUUGAACCAGCUCUGCUCAAUAAUAGCCAAAGAUCCCUCCAUUUUAGAACUGUUUUUCCACACCAGCGAGGACCAAGGAGCUGCCAAUUUCCUCAUAUUUUCUCUGUUGAUUCCCUUCAUCCAUCGGGAAGGAACAGUAGGCCAACAGGCCCGUGAUGCACUGCUUUUCAUAAUGUCUCUGUCUGCAGAAAACAACGUUGUUGCAAACCACAUAGCAGAAAACACCUAUUUUUGCCCAGUGCUAGCAACAGGAUUAAGUGGCCUCUAUUCAUCUUUGCCUACAAAGCUGGAGGAAAAAGGAGAAGAGUGGCACUGUCUGCUGAAAGAUGACUGGCUGUUGUCACCAGCCCUUGUACAGUUCAUGAAUUCCCUUGAAUUUUGCAAUGCUGUGAUACAGGUGGCACAUCCCUCAAUACGUAACCAGCUUGUGAAUUACAUUUACAAUGGAUUUCUGGUGCCAGUAAUGGCUCCUGCGCUCCAUAAGGUGACUGUGGAAGAAGUGAUGACUACUACUGCAUACCUCGACCUUUUUUUGCGUAGUGUUUCAGAGCCAGCCCUCCUCAAGAUUUUCCUCCGUUUUAUUUUGCUGCACCGACACGAGAAUGUCCAUAUCCUUGAUACACUUACUAGCCGAAUCAACACACCAUUCCGGCUCUGUGUGGUCUCCUUGGCAUUGUUCAGAACGCUCAUUGGCUUGCAUUGUGAAGAUGUGAUGUUACAGCUAGUUUUAAGAUACCUGAUCCCAUGUAACCACAUCAUGUUGAGCCAGCGGUGGGCUGUGAAAGAGAGAGACUGUUACUCUGUAUCUGCUGCAAAACUGUUGGCCCUGACACCAGUCUGCUGCUCCACUGGGAUCACCUUGACACUUGAAAGCCAAGGAAAAGAUUAUAUUCUGUGGACAAAGGCAACACAAGCUAGAGAUCCUGGUAGACGCUCUUCUGAAUCUACUUGCAUUGUGGAAUAUGGAAGAGCUGUGGACAUCAGUUACCUGCAGUACCUGGGGGAAGCUCAAGAAGCCAUCCUCCAGUGCCUGAAAGAUUGUAAGGUUUGGUCUGCCUUAUAUGAUGGAGUAAACCCCGAUCCAGACACCUUUAUCCAAACACUUGCCGAGGAGAACAGUACAGAUGUGGAACACCCCAUGUUUCGGCUCCAGCAAAGGACACCUAGUGUGUGUAGCUCCUCUCAAGUGACUCCAUUUGGAGAGAAGAUGCAGUUGGAGCUAGAAUGGGAUGAUAGCUAUGACACAGGGAUUUCUCCUGGUUCUGAUGUGAGCUCACCACAACCGUAUGAUGAUCUGGGAAGCACAGAGAUGCAGCCACCUGCAGAGCCACCAAAGCACAUUCAAGAAAUGAAAAAAAAUGCCAUCAUGCUCAUCAAAGGAUCUUACAUAGAGGAAUCAGACUUUCAGGAUGAUGUUAUGGUUUACAGGUUAUGUGCCCAGAAGGAUACUCAAGAUGAUGACAACUCCAAGGAGGAAACUUUAAAUGCAGCCAGAGAGCAUGAGGUCCGAAGCCAGACUGUGGCCAAUGGGCCUCUUGAAAAGAGCCAGCUGGAAACGGACUUGGAUGAGCACAGUAAGAGAAAUUCAAGCUUGACUCAGGGUGUAAUGAAAGAACAAUUAAACCAGAAAAUGAUUGAGAUCGAUCCACAGCCAGACUUAGAGUUGAAGCUUUCUCCUCAGGAGGCAGAUCGUAACUUAAGUGUAAGACUGCUGAGCACAGAUGGUGAGGAUUUCAUUGCACAGUAUGACAGAAUUAUUAAGGAACUGGAUCCAAACAGUGCAAGCUUGGAGGAGCAGAAGUUGGAUACUUCUGACCCUGUCUGUCCUGCAGAUGAGGAGGAUGACUUUGAGAAUUUCUCAGUAGACACACCUUCUGCAGAGAGCGUGUCAUCUCCCUUUGGACCAAAGGAGGAUAUCUCUCCCAAGCACGCUGCAAGGAGCCAGAGCGCUCCAUUUACAGGACCAUUCAUCAGCGUAGUGUUGUCGAAGCUGGAGAACAUGCUGGAGAAUUCCUUGCAUGUAAAUUUGCUGCUUAUUGGGAUUAUUACUCAGCUGGCAAGUUACCCACAGCCUCUUCUUCGCUCCUUUCUGCUCAACACCAACAUGGUGUUUCAGCCUAGUGUGCGGUCACUUUAUCAGGUGCUGGCAUCUGUGAAAAACAAAAUCGAACAUUUUGCUUCCAAUGAAAAAGACUUCCCAGGUCUUCUCCUGGAGGCCCAACAGUACCUGCUUUUUCGUGUGGACAUGUCUGAUGCUGCAGAAGAAUUGCUAACCAAAGGUAAUGUCCAGCACAGCAGCAACACAGGUAAAGGAAGGAACCUGUCUGAAGCUUACCCAGCUGUAUUCCAGCCUUUCCUGGGACAGAAAGGAAAGAAAGGCCUGGCUCAUCCCGACCUUCCCGCACACGUGAGGAAUGCCGUACUGGCAGCUGCCCUUUUCCCAGAGUUCCUGAAGGAGCUGGCAGCUCUGGCCCAGGAACAUUCAAUUUUAUGUUACAAAAUACUGGGGGAUUUUGAGGAUUAUUAUUAGUGGGUUUUUUAAAUGUCUUUUUAAAAAGCUUUUGGAGUUUAAACAGUUUUUUAAUGCAGAGCUGCUUACCAAGGAAGGUUGUACUUCAAUAUUUCCUGAAAAUACUUGAUUUGGAGGGGGAAGAAGGAGGCAAAAUGUUAUUCCCUGUUACCUUAUGUUAGGCCUUAUAAUUUCCCUCUGUGCUACAUAACUUAUUUUAGACGUUCCUGAUACUGCUGUUACUGCAGCUUCCUACUUUAUCUCCUCCUCUUUACAUGGCCACCCUUCUUUAGUGUCACUGAUUCCUGUCGAAUGUCUUCAAUAGACACUUGUAGGUCGGCUAAGGGAGGCAAACACUUCAGCCUUUUCUGUUCCAAAAAUAUUCUUCUGGAUAACUUAUUAGAAGACGGUUUGGAAAAACAUUGCCCCGUGGGGACAGUUGAGAGUAUAAAGCUACACACAAACCCUCUUUCUGUGAAGGGCUGUGCUUCUUCAUGUCCUUGUCCUCUUUGCCCCUUCCUUUCCUUUUCCCUGAAAUGGGGUUCUUUCCGGUCCGGAUCUGAAGCCCUCUUCUUAACUAGCGGCUCAGGUUUUUUGAAUUCAAGUGUUCUUAUGUGUCUUAAACCCCUGACUAGCUGAAAGCAGGUGCUGGACCCUACACAUACCGUAUUGCCUUGUGUUGCAGACAGAUCUGCAGCUAUCAGCUGUUGGUCUUUGAAGUCAAAUGAACUGUGUAAGUGGAUGUGGAUUGCAGACUGCCUGGAAUUUUCCUUGCAGUUUCUCAGCAUUCUUUGAUAACUACUGCAUUGCUACCUAAGCUCUUCGGCAUGCCUUAUUUAGUAAGAUUUGCACAAAGUACAGAACAAAAUGUUUCUAUGCAAGCUGUAAUUAGUAUGUAGCUUGUUUUUAUGCUUAUUUUAAUAAGCUAAAGAAAGGUAUUCAAUACCUUUCAGUAGUAUUAAAAGGACAGCAGGCUCUUUUUGUGUGUGUGUCUUUUUUUUUUUUUAAUGAAAAAGGUUGGCUUGCUCCUGAAAGCUGUUCUGUUUUAUUGUUAAUUUUUUUGGUUAAGGGAAAGUUAAAUGCUGUUUGUUUACUUUUAAUUUAGGUGUUGACUUUUCCUAAUAUUGCACUUUGGGGAUGGUGAGGGGAAGACCAGACUAUUCACCAGCUGCAGAAAAAGGAAUAACAGGGAAAGCUGUCUGCUGGUGACUAACUGCUUGAGAAAAUUCUCUUCUGUGAGUAAUGGGCUUCAUUAGAAGAACGCAAACAUGAUGAAUUGGUGCAUCACCUCUGCAUUUCAUCUUAUCUUAGUAGCAUAAUGGUGCUUCCAGUGUGCUGUAGUUGGCUCCAUAAAGAGGGGCUUAGUUCAUGAAAGCCUUAAACCCCUUUCUUUGUCCUGGAACGAAACUAACAGUGACUCCAAGAAAUCUGAAGAAACAGAAGUGAGAAAUAACACUUGCAAACAUUAGUUCUCCUACUCAUUGUAAUUCCGUAAUGUGGGAUGCUCCAGUUAAUAGCAUCCUGAUUUUGAAACACACUUUCUUAGAGACUGCAAGGGAAAAGAACACUUUAAAAACAAAGACGCUCCAGAAGAGUCUAAUUUGUUACAGGUCAAAUUCCACAGCAAUCUGCAGUGUAAUUUAAACUUCUGAAUCCUUUAGAUGCUUCUUAAAAGUUGUACUUUAAUCUACAAGCUGUGAGACGCAUUCAUUGUCUCAGACUGCUGUAGGUUAUUCCAAGGAAAAAAAAAAAAUAUCCCAAAGUGUACCUCUAACAAAAUCCCCUCAAGAACUCCUCGGGGUCUGUCUUUGCUUGUUUGCUGUACAGUCUUCACAUCCACGAUAGCUGGGGGUCAUGUUGCUUGCUAGCUGACUUGCUGGUUUGCUUUCAAUUCUAACUUGUUUUUUUAGGCACCAUUUCAUUGCCAUCCUGUAAAUCACCUGCUGCCCUCGACGUGGCCCUGCUUCACCUUGCAAGCUUCCUUGGAAGCUGAAGCCAAGGCUGCAGAUUUUUUCGUAAAUCUUAGUUAUCUGGGUUUAAGAGAGCUCCUUCUUGUCCCCCUGCAUUGUUGCGAAUGGGCGAUGAGAAAAUCAAGGUUUGGUUUGUUUCGUUGUGUAAAACUUGUCCUAGGACAUGGUGGGUUCUUUCCCCACUCCCCCGCUCCUGCUCCCACUAUUCCCAGUAGUGCUGUCUUCCGUGCUGUACUCGCAGGCCUGGCCUGAGGGGGUUCACUAGUGUUGGGCAUAGAAAGUAUUUUAGCAUUUUGGAUUCAGUGUCAGUGCUUGCUCCGCUCCUCACCUCUUCUGGUAGGAACUUUACGUGAGCAAAAGGAAAAGUACCAAAUACGUGUGAGCAGCUAACUCUUAGUGGUUCAGAAAUAAGUGCUAAAUUGCAGAAGCAAUCCAAUCCUUUUUCUGAAGGACUUUUUAAAAAGGAAUGAAAAAAAAAUACUUUUUUAAAAUAAAGAAUUCUGCAGACCAGUGGUCAAGGAAGUCAGUAAGGUCACUAUGUGAACGCUCCCUUCCCUUGUUUUUAUUCUAAAAUUAGAAUCUUUAUUUACUGGGUAGAAAGGAUUUUUUCUGAGAUUGUUAAUUUUAACUGGUGUUUUCAACAAAUGUACAAAGUCAUGGCAGUUUUGUCUCAGCAGGUCUCUUAAGCUACGUGGGGAUUUUAAAAUGUGGAAUGCUCAAAAAAGCAUCUUCAAAUUUGAGGAAGGGGAGGAUUUACCUCAUAAGCUGUGGUAGAGCUUAUGCUCUGCAUCCGGCAGAAUGAAUUCAGCCUUUGAAAUCUGGAAUCAUGUGGAAGGACUUCUUGCUGAAAGGUCAGAACUGUGUGUGUACGCAGUGUCCCCUCGUAACCAAGAAACCUGUCUGUCAGCUCCCCGAAAGGAAGAGGCGGGUGAGUGCAGUGACCCUGGGUCGGGGCUGUAAAAAUUGCCAUCAUGUGUGUAACUUUCUGUUACUGGGUUCCUGAGCGGCAUCAGACUUGUAGCCACGUCUUAGUUGUGAUAGUAGCAUAAUGCCCAGCACCCAGCAAAAAUAUACUGGCAGGAAUUGCAUCUUCAAAACGUAGAACCUGUGAUAUGGCUUGAAAAUGUUGAUCUUUGAGAUUAAUCGCCUGCGUAUGUGUAAGUUCUUCAGCCAAAUGUUUGUUUAAUAAGCAUCUUCCCUCCGAUUAGAUAAUAUGUUACCCUGUCUUUACCAAUGAUACAUCUUUUCCAAAAACCCCCUAAAUGCCUGUGGUCCAAGCAGUGAUGCAGCCAGUAGGCCCUCAGAGGACACAACAUUAUGCUGCUUUUUCCAAGAGUAAGGAAGUGCUCCACGGUCCGGAUUCACUGCACUCGGCGCAUGCGUGUGUGAUGAGAGCAGUCCCUCCUUGGUGCAGUGGCUCAGCACCACUCACAAACAAAGUGUCUUGGGGUUGGCAGGCCUAUUCCAACACCUGCAGGUGGUGGCUCAGUGCUACCAAAGUUAAUUUCCAGUCUCCUGCUAGAUGUUUCAAACUGGGAGUGCCACAUUUCUAAUGAUGUAGCCUUUGAGUGUGUUCUUAAGCUGUUCUGCUGUAGCAAGGGAUCUUUCCGGCAACUUCAGUCUGCUAUAUUUUUUUGCAACCUACCUAUAAAGUGAACGGCUAGUCUUAAAACAGUUGUAGUCAUUCUCUUUUACCUUUGGCCGUUUUUGGAUGCCCUGUGGGUCAGUCUCAGCACACAUGCACGUACGGGUUGUGUUCACUGGGGCUACUGCGCUCGGCAGCUUACGUUCAAAACAGUAUCACCCUUUGCAUGUGCUGAUCUUGGGACGUGUACAGCGGCAGUUCAUGGGCUGUGUUGUUGGCCCUACUUACAGCCUUUUUAUUAUUGUAUUCUAGGCGUUUUUCUUGAAUUUGAUCUUUUCCAUGUGUGCCCUAAAGAAAAAGACGGUAUUUCAAACCGUUGUUGAUCAAGUUGUUGGUGGUGUAGUUUCAGAUGGGACAGAUGUGCUACCUCUUCUGUCCCGGUAACUUCCUGACCUUGGUUUGGAAGAAGAGAAAUGAGAGCUUUGGUUCUCAGCUGUAUUCCACGGAGGUGAGAAAAUUCCCAGUAGCAGGCUCGGGCUGUCCCUCCCACCAGCACACCCAGAUACAUCCUUCAGAGCAUCCAGUUCAUAAAUUACUUAUUUCCUCUUUCACGAGGGUUUGUCACUAUGUAAAAAGUCUGAUGAAUUCAGUGGUGUCGUGCUGCCACACCUGCUUUGUGCAUUAGCCUUUCCAAUGCAGUGUGAUUUUUUUGUAAGAUCGGUACACUUCCUGGAAUGGGAGAAGACGCGGUGUGAUUGGGGUGGACCGUGGACAUCGGCAGGGGCUGUGCUUUGGAAAGGGAACAGGACAGGACAGGCAUGUUUCUGUCACCAGAGCCAUUCUCGCUGCUCUUUGGCCUGGGCACAAUGCCCAAGGGGUCUGUUCGCUCCUUCAGAGAAAAACAUUUGCAAACAAACUUACUGCAUCCCACAGAGUCCAAGGGUUUAAGUUCAAGAGGUUAAGUUCUAUUUACCAAGAGGAGUAUACUGUCUAGCACAAGGUGUAUGCAUUCACUACCCUUUUGUACACUCUGCUGUUGCCUCACAGAAUGUUUCAUGCUUCAGGAAGGUUUUUAAGCUCUAUAAGCGCUAAAAAUCUCAGGGCUGGGAAGAAAGGAUGGGAGCGGUGUGAUUUGGUGCCGUUAAAUUAUGUCAUUGUAUCAUUUGAAUUUGUAGCCACAGCUCCUGUUUGAGGGCAGCUUGAUUUAAUAAGCAAUUUACUGUGCUGUAUUUACUGAAAUUGCUAUGUCAUGCCUGCAGUUUUUAUGAUGGCUCCUAUCACAUUUGUAACAUUUAAACCGCAGCUGCGGUUGCGAGUAGAAUAUUGGGAUUUUCCUCUUUCUUUUCUUAACUCAGAUAGCUCUGGCACAGUACAGUAACGUUGCUGUGUCCAGAUCAGAUUUAGAUAAUUACAGUAUGUUCUUCCUUGCAGCUUUUGAGCAUUAUCAGUAGAAACGGAGGGUACAUGACACCCAGGCUGCUUGCGUUAAUGAGCAAACCAAAGGUAAAACACCACAGGUGAGCAGGGGGCACUUGCCUCUUUGUAAGAAUUUAUGUUUGUGUUGCUCUGAUUUACUGAGGACCAGAAAGAGAAAACUCGUAGCAAAUGUGAAAAAUGCAUAUGGCAGUGCGCUAUGGGAACUGUCCAAGUGGACAGCACUGCUACGUAAUGUUUUGGGCCAGGAGUGUGCAAAGGAGAGUGAAAAAAAAAAAGUGCUCCUUGUUAAGGUGGUGUCAGGCUUGCAUAAAUGGGUAUUUGGCUACUAUGAGGUGGUGCCAGCUGUCCGGCCGCAGACUGCGAUGCUAUUUCAGUGACUUUGUUGGCAGUGGAAGCCCAGCUCUGACUAGAUGUACUUUAUUUUUUAGAGGCCACCACCUUUUGUAAACAUGUUGUGGCUCAGCAUCAAUGCAUUUCAUUUGUUAUACGCCCGGUUGGAAGCCUCUUGAUUAUGAAUAGGAGCAUUACUUGGAUUCUCAAAUAUGUAGGUACUUGAAGUGGCAUUUUGCUGCUGACUGUGCAAAUCUUUUUGUUCAUUGAUUAUAAUGGUUCUUGUGUGGCAGCUGGAUUAAAUGAAGACUGAAGUCUCUGGGCUAAAAGCCCUGAUGGAACUUUUGUGCAAAGGCUGCAUUUUUCAACCAAGUAACUUUCUCUGGCACGUCGGCAGACUGCCCGCAUACAAUUACCUCUCAUGGGCUAAAUACCUGCAAACUUACAUUUCUGACAAAGCCAAUGCCACAGCAGCUGUGUUUUAUUGCUGCGUACCUGAAAAAUAACUAGCUUGGAUUUAGACCAAAAAAUAACGUGGAUGAAUCAAAUCCAGGAGAACUUAACUGUGUCCAGCUCAGUGCCGCUGUGUCUGUUUGGCCAGAGCUCAGGCGAAAUGUCGUCUUGUGUCCCUCAAGGUGUCUCUCAGUGUCCAUGCACAGCUUGGGUUUGGAAACUCUGACCAGCGUCUGUCGUAAAACUCCAGAGUCAUUUUUUUGAGCUUCAGUGUGAAAAACCUCAUAGCCUCUAAGACCAGUCUGAAAACCUGGCCUCUCAAACUCAGUUACUCAGAAAGUAAAAUAUAACUUAACCGAUGGUUAUGCCUGGUUAGUGGGUGUAAGUUCUUUAGAUAAAGCUGUGGCUGAUGCGACCAUAUGUCUGCAGAAUCCUGCUUGGUGCUUACACAGCAUGCCUGCGCGUGGAGGGAGCGUUCCCCACGGCGAACCUGUUGGCCCUCAAGUGCUGCUGUUGGGAUUAGCUCCUGGUAGUACAGCCUCCGCAGCCGUGAGUACUGACCCAGCUCUAGGCCCUUCUCCAGGGGCUGUGAUGACCAGGCGAUGGAUGUGGGGUGAAAUAAUUGGCUGCCUGUGUACGUGCGGGAGUAACGUGGGGUCUGGCACAGCUGUCACCAGUCUCUUUUUGGGGAAAAGCCAGCAGGUGACAUGGAGUCAUUUGCGGGGUCCUGAGCUGGGCCUCACAUGGAGCCAAAGGGGAGAAACAGCAAAGGUCAGGGUUCCCUCUCCAGCUGUACGUACACAGCUGGUCAGCAAGCGCUGCAGAUGGUUGUGAACUGCCUGUCCACCCUCCGGGAGACCUUAAGGGUCUGGGACUAGGAUAGUCCUAGAGGGAGGACGUGGGCACUGCUCACUAGGGCCAUCGGGAGCGACCCAGCUCGGCCCAGGGGCUCCUCUAGGUGGAGUUCACAUGGGCCAUCACAAUGGGCACAAAAAGGUGCAGCAAAUCACAGGUCAAGAGAGCUUUUUUGUAUUUUCGUAUUUAUUUUACUGCCUUCCUUAUUAGCAAUAGAAUUUUACGUAUCUUCAUAUUACCUGAAAGUUUGCGGCUUCUGAGGGGAGAGGGAUGACUUCUGCUCAGCAGCCAACCCAAUGCAAGUGAGCUUCUAAGCAUCUGGGUCAACCAAUCUUGACCUCAGCUCUGCUCUAACUUGGUUUUACACGGCCAUGAUGUGAAGCAGAAUCCAAUGAACUCUGGAGUAUUUAUAAACAGCACGCAGGCACCAAGCACAAGAAGACCAGCAGCAUGCUACUCCAUCUCUCUCACGCGGUUUGAGAAAGGGAGAGUUGAGUGAAAACCCGAUUUGUUUUUCUUCACGUGAAAGAACCAAACCGUCUACAUGCUGAGCAUACACCCAGGGCCGUAGAUCACCGAGAAGGUGCCGCCGAGGUCGGUGGUUGUGAAAGUGUGUAGGCAGAGGGGUGCUCCUAGCAGAAAUGAGAACAUUUCGGUGCGUUGACACCCUGCCGCAGAAGUGGAGUGGAAAGAGGCCGCAGUGAAAUUGCAGUGUGAAUCCUCUAGCUGUAAAUUUUUUAGUUAAGGUUCCUAUCAUGUGCUUCUAUUUUUAACGCAGUUAAAAUUAAACUCUGCAGCCAAGGCUGAGCGCUAGAAAUUCUUUCUUCACCACUUCAGCAUUGCCAGCAUCUUUUUAGACAACUUUCUUCUCCUCUUCUGCAACCUCAUAUGUGGGAUACUUCAGCUGUACAGGAUAGUAAGGAUCAUCUCUCCACCCCCAGGAGUGACCUCUUAAAGGACUUCCAGCAACGAGCAGAUGAGAUUGUUGUGACAGUGUCUGGUGUCAGCUUUUAAUUUGUGAAGCAUUUUCCUCGGCCCUCUGUUCAUGGACGGUUGCUGCUGAAAAUCUGCACGAAACUGUCCUUAAUUCACCCUGCCUAAUGCUGUCGCACAGAUGGCAUCUGCGAUCAGUAGAUCAGGGAGCCCUGUUGUCGCUAAAUAAGAAUUGCAAGUUGGGGUCAAAGCCUCAGUCUCCAUUCUGGAGUUCCCAGCCUCACUACAGCCAUGCCGAGAGCUCCUGAUCUGCAAAAUGUUCCGACAUCAAACAGUUCAUAGGCUCUGCCUUUUAUCUUGCAGACCCACCUGUCCCACGGGGAUUUUUUUUUAUUAUUUGUCUUCAAAUAGCAGAUAUUAAAUUCCUUGAGGCGGCU